AUGAAUCGUCUGACUACCGCCUUCUCUUCAGCUAUUCCAAGCGCGUCUGGCGACUCGCAGGGCAGUGUAUCGGUCUCUACCUCACCUGUUGAUGGCUCGUUCGACCGGCCACGCUCCCCAUACGGGUACAAUGAGCGGAGCGCCUCUGCGCACCUUUCGCUCCCCCCGCAGAUAUACGAUGACCCGCGUGCGACCCACUUUGGCGCCGCUCCGGACAGGCUAUUCAUUCCCUCUCGCUUUGGGGACAGACGAGACUCGAGCGGGAGCCGACCGCGCCGGCCCGAGCUCCUGCGGCACGUGAGCGAUGGUGCUGGGGGAAGAAGUGGAGGUGCAACGCCCAGGCCCAGAGGGCAAAGUGGGAGCAGGGAUAGGGAGCGGGAUAGGGGAGUAAGAGCGAAUCUAGGCCAAGGGAAGAGAAAGGAGAGGAUAGGUGCGAUGUGUAAAGGCCCAGAAGACCGGUAUGCUGUUGGUGGACCGCAAUACCUCAAGAUACUGCACGUCGCCCGGCCGUCCAGCGGAGGGACUACAACUCCGAGCGUACAGCCACAGACGGGUCGAGCUGGCAGUCCUCGAGGUCGAAACCAGGCUCAACCUUUGGCUCGUGGGCCGGGCGGAGCAAGCAUCACCGAGGUGGCUAAUCUCUGGAAGGGAUCUUGGGCGGUCAGUAAGGGCGUCAAUGAUAUCGACUGGGGCUCUGGAUCGUACGAUAGAAAGAUCGCCACCGCUACGCCUAGUGGGAACUUUAUGCUGUUUGACCUGGUCAAGAACAAGCUAGAACGAGACGUCUCGGGUGGUCACCCACGACCUAUGAACUGUAUCCGACUGUGUCAGACCCCGUCAUACGGCCAUCUCCUCCUCACCGGCUCGACCGAGGGCGUCGCCAAACUCUGGGACAUGAGAGAAGGCGAGCCCACUUCCAAAAAGUACUACAAACACUCUGCGGCCGUCACCUCCCUCGCCUUCUCCUCGGUCGAUCCACAUCACUUUGCGGUUGGGACCGAGAAUGGCGUCAUCAAGCGGUAUGAUAUGCGAAUGGCGCCUCGUCCGACCGGGUCCGUGUGGGGCGCGCACGGAAACAAGCCAGUGAUGGACCUGAAGUGGAGAGCUGGGUGGGAGGGAGAGUCGCUCGAUGGUGGAGGGACAGGAGGCUGGAUGGCUAGUGCAGGAGCAGAUAGGACCGUGCAGGUGAGCCACUACCUAACAGCGCUGACGUGA